CCGUGCCAGUUUCUUUGCAGCCCUAGCCGUUUCAAUGGUGCAGCUUUCGCAGUCCCCACUCCGCCACCCUUCGCCUUCAUGCCACUCUGAGGAAGGGGAAGAGAAGAGUAUGAAACCAGAUAAGCAGCAGGUGACCCAGGGUCCUCGAGGGGACAACCAGCCUCCCGUGAGCCCCCUGCAGGCAGCUUUGAAUUCUGCUGCCACAGCUUCUCAGGCAUAUGAGACUUACAUUGAUAAUGGACUUAUCUGCUUGAAACACAAGAUCAGGAAUAUUGAGAAAAAGAAGCUCAAAUUAGAAGACUACAGGGAUCGGCUGAAAAGGGGGGAGGUCCUCAAUCAAGAUCAGUUGGAAGCUGUUGAAAAAUAUGAUGAAGUCAUACAUAACUUGGAGUUUGCUAAAGAACUUCAGAAGACAUUUUCUGGACUAAGUCAAGAGCUGCUGAAAGCACAGCGGAAAGCGCAACGAAGGGAAACCUUAAUGAAGCUUGAAGCAGAGAAGAAAAAGCUCCGCACAGUACUGCAGGUCCAGUAUGUGCUGCAGAAUUUCACUCAAGAGCACGUGCAGAAAGACUUCAAAAGUGGCUUGAAUGGUGCAAUAUACUUGCCUUCUAAAGAAUUAGACUACCUCAUUAAAUUUGCAAAAUUGACAUGUUCAGGAAGAAAUGAAACUGUUAGUGUUGAAGACCAAAUGGAGCAGUCAUCACUCUGCUUCUGGGACCUGCUAGAAGGCAGUGAAAAAGUAGUGGUUGGGACGACCUAUAAGCAUUUGAAGGAUUUGUUAUCAAAACUAUUAAAUUCUGGAUAUUUUGAAAAUAUUCCUGCCCCUUGCAACAUACCAGAAAAAGAGGAAUUGAAAGAAGUGCCUGAAAAAACAAGACAGUUGUCAAAGGCAGAGUCUGUCAAUGAAUUGGAAUCUCAAAGACAGCAUGUUCAAUCCGAAAUACAGCCUCAAGAAUUUCUCAAUAGGCGCUAUUUGCCUGAGGCAGACUGUACUGUCAAGCCUGAAGAAUCCAAACGCUGGGAAAUAGAACAUGCUAUAAAAAGUGAACCCCCCAAAUCCUGGGAAAUGCUUGUUGAUAUGGAAGGAGAGGAACAGAAAAAGCAAAACCUAUUGGAAUCCGUAAACCAGGAAGGGAAGAAGCUGGAACUUUCACGGCCUUGGGAAUCUCCUCUUAAAGAGGUUGAUGAUCAUAAGCAUGAUGUUCCAAAGCCUUGGGUGGCACCAGUUAGAGAAGAGCAGGCCUCUUCCAAACCCUGGGUAACAAAAGUGAAGGAAGAACAAGAACAAAAGCAGGAAGGUCCCAAACCUUGGAUAACAAAAGCUAAAGGAGGAUUGGAACAAAACCAGGAAAAGCCAAAAAUAUGGGCGUCUCAAACCAAUGUGGAAACUCUAAAAAAAACAGAACCUGUGAAGCCUUGGGAUGCGUGUGUCAGAGAAGAGGUGGAACAAAAGAAGCAGCAACCUGAAAAGCCAUGGGUGGUGCCUAUAAGAGAAGAGGCUGAACAAAAAUCUCAGCCCCCAAAAGUUUGGGAAGCAUCUGACAGAUCACAGCAAGUGAUCCAGCAGCCAUUACAGAAUCCUCCUAAGAUUUGGGGAGUUGAGAAUCUCGCACCAAAGGAGCCGACUGAGCUAAAGAAGCCUGACGUGGAACCAAAAGAAGAUGGAAAGACAGAUGGAGUAAAUGGACACGGCAUUGAUGCGCCAAGGAAAAAAGGGACCUUCCUGUCAGUUGGAGAAUCAUGUAAAUUACCCAGGAAUCUCCAAAAUGUUAUGCAGGUAGCUAAGCCUGUGCACCAACCAGCUGCAGAGUUUUGCUCUACUUCUAGCCUUCCAAAGGAUCCAGUACUAAGAAGGGAAAAAUUGCAAGAUUUGAUGACUCAAAUUCAGGGGACUUGUAACUUCAUGCAGGAAUCACUUCUGGAUUUUGAUAAACCUUCACAAAGUGCUGGCUGUUCAUCACAAGCCCCUUCUGUUGAUUCUCCAGCUUCUAAUGAACAACUUUCAAGCCAAAAUGACUUCCCUGAACAAUCAGUGCAGAGUGCUUCUUCUCCCAUGACCUUGCAUGGCUCAAACACUUCCUUAGUUUCUGAUAAUACACUGUCUGGAUCAGAAACUGAACUUCAUUCACCACAAGUUCCUACUCAACUUUCAAGUGAAUCACAGAUACCACUGACGCCAUCAAGAACUAGUAUGUCACCAGUACAUCAAGGGAAAGUUUUUCAGUCUCCUCCACCAAGUAGCAGUGCUGUUAAUAUAAAAGCACCUCCCUUUCAGGCUAUGCAGACUGUGUUCAAAGUAAAUGCACCUUUGCCACCUCGUAGGGAACAGGAUAUCAAAGAGAAUUCUCUGCAUCCCUCAGGAUACAAUCAGAAUUUUUCAACAGCAAGCACGCAGACACCACCUGCAUGUAAACUACCAUCUACUCAAAAUGCAGAACAAACAACUUUUUCACAAGAGUCUCUUCCAAAUGCAGGUACUUGCCAGGCUGAGGGAGCUGUUCCUGUCAGCAAUGGUACCCUCACCUUUUAUGCAGCUCAGACAGCCACUUUCCCUAGACCAUCUCAGCCUUUUGUUCCAAGCCGUGGAUCUAUCAGAGGUCCUCUCAGGGGCGUAAGAUCAGUGACCAAUUAUCGCUCUCCUGGUGGCUAUAAAGCAGGUUUUGAAACUUACAGAGGAUCACCUUCAAUCCCUAACGGAACCUAUAGCCAAUUACAGCUUCCUGGCAGAGAUUAUCCUUCAGUGCAGUAUCCUCAGAGGGAUAUGAAUUACCAACCAAACUGUAAGCGAGGGGGUAUUAAUAGUGGUCGAACUGGUACAAGAGCAGGAUGGAGCGAUUCUUCUCAGGUGAGCAGUCCAGAGCGUGACAAUGAGAUGUUUAACAGUGGGGACUCUGGGCAGGGUGAUUCCCGCAGCAUCACUCCUGUUGAUAUACCUGUGACAAGCCAAGCAGCCACCAUACUACCUGUACACGUCUAUCCCCUCCCACAGCAGAUGAGAGUUGCCUUUUCUGCUGCUAGAACUUCUAACUUGGCUCCUGGAACUUUAGAUCAACCCAUUGUGUUUGACCUCUUGUUAAACAAUCUUGGCGAAACCUUUGAUAUACAACUUGGUAGGUUCAAUUGUCCUGUUAAUGGUACCUAUGUAUUCAUAUUCCAUAUGCUGAAGCUAGCUGUGAAUGUACCGUUAUAUGUGAACCUCAUGAAAAACGAAGAGGUUCUAGUCUCUGCGUAUGCCAAUGAUGGUGCUCCAGAUCAUGAGACUGCAAGCAACCAUGCAGUCCUCCAGCUCCUUCAUGGAGACCAGAUUUGGCUACGCCUGCACAGGGGAGCUAUUUAUGGAAGUAGUUGGAAAUAUUCUACAUUCUCAGGAUACCUUCUGUAUCAAGACUGAACAUUAAGCUGCUCCAGUGGUUUGGUGAAGGAAGGUGAAAACUGGGGGGCUAGUUUCACAUUGCAUACUGAAUAAUUAAACACACCAUUCUGAAAUGGGGAUAUGGUGAUCUGUCUUGCGAUGAGAUGGAGUUGGGUCAGCACUGAUGUGGCACUUUAUAAGUUGUGAUGUAGCCUUGAUAGUAAAGCUCGGAAUGUUAUGUUUGCACUUAUUCUUGAACUGUAAUUUGUCAGCUUACUAUGCUACUCAAAAUUUGCCUCAAGUUUAGGCUAUCCGCAACGCCUUGUGCCUAAAUAAAAAAAAUUAAUAUGCCUUAGUAUCAAUGUCUGUACUACUGCAAUAACUAUGGUCAUAUUAGCUUUCCAGAGGGCUGUGACGACCUGGCUUGUUUAUCCAGGCGUUGUGCUAGGAUAGAAGUGAGCCCAGCAAAUACAAGUUUGAAUUUAGAGGUAGUGGGAUGGUGCUGUGAUUGGGAUAUGUGGUGGUGGUGUGGGGUUCAGUUGCUCAUAUUUUAUUCUAUUUUUACUGAAUGUUAUUUUGAGCUGCCUUGGGUUAUCACAUAUAAGAUAGGUGCCAUAUAAGUUUAUAAAUGAAUAAAACAAGAUUUCACUGGAGAAAGAAGACAGAGCCCUAUGCAAUAAUGCAGGUUCAAUCUCUAAAAUCUCCUGGAAGGAGGAAGAAAUAGCAGAUGAUAGAGUUCCCUGGAGAGUUACUAUUACUUAAAAUAACAUGGAUCAAUCCCAACCUGUAACGCAACAUCAUACAUCAUUAUUUUUAUUUUUUAAAUGUUCAAAGCAAAAGUGGAAUGUUGAGAUUAAGAUUCAUCUCCCAUUUAUGUAAUUAUGUAGAAUUUGAGUUCUCAACACAGCAUCUGCAGGAACCUCUCUUGAUUCCCAGGAUUGGGAAGCUAGCACACUACACAGCAAAGCAUCAGCUGCAAGCACCAUCAUUGUUUCUAAAAAUGCUUCUGGCCCUGUAUAUACCUGGCAGUAGCUCAGUGCUUAGGAGGUAUACCUCCUGCAAGGGGAAAAAAAGGUAAGUUAAAGGGGUAGAGGUAGAAAUGGGGCAAGCCACCAUGUAAAUGGGCACCAUGACUGGCCAUACCAACCAUGGAGUGAGAACAUCGAUAACAUGUUCCUCAAGUUCCAAAUGUGUCCAUAAGCCCAAAAAGUGUGGGGAUCCUGAGUUUAUUACAGGCAUUGUCCCUGCCAGUUUUGAUGCCAAUGCAGCAGCAGAAAAAUAACCUUGUGGGUAAUUAAGUAAAUGGGGAGAUGGUAAACCUCUACACAAGUAGGAUUUUUACAUCUUAUUAACCACUGGUUCUGUUGGUCACUUUGCUUCAGACUUUAUACCUUUGUUACAAAACUCUGUGUUGAUGGAAAUGAGUGGCUGUGUCACUCAAGCUGUUUGUUAGGAACUGUUGCCCUUGGACAUGGGAAGACUAAAGGCUUCAAGAACUGCACUGUAGCAUCAAGGUGGAACCAUUCUGGAGAUAGUCACAAUGGAGGACUAUAUUUGAAGCUGCCUGAAGAGCAAAUUGGAAGAACACUCUAGGAUUCAUUUUGUCCAGUGAAGAGUGAGAAGAGAUGGUAAGUUCUCUGCAUUCCCCAUUCAACUUUUCUCUACAACUUUGGUUCUACUUUAUUAUUCGUUCCUGGUAUUGGUGUCCAAGAACAAUUACUAAACGUCUAGGAAGUGUCUGUCCUU